CGAAGUCAGCGGCCAACGAGCGCUUUGUAGCAGAUGAUGGGCGUCACCGACAGCCAAUCAGAGCGUCGAUUAUGCAACAGGCUCCACCCGGCCGCGAUGGCUACCCAACAGGCGCGGAGUGGGCGUGUCCUUGGGCCCCGAGUUUUACGGGCGUUUCGGGUGGCGGCGCCACCACGGCGGCAUCGGGUCCACCUCGAGUCCAGCAGCUGCGCACUGGGGCCCCGCCGAGCGGCCAGCAGCGGCCCGGAGACUGCACCAUGGAGCUGGAGGCCGUGCUGAAGGAGCGGGGCGCGACCGCCGGGGAUCCCGCCCGGGUGCUGGGGGCCUGGGUGAAGCGUGGGUGGCCGACCCCCGGCACAGAGACCGAACUGGGCACCGGUGCGGGACCCGAGACCACCAUGAGCCGCACACGUGAGCUGAGCUCCAAGGGCAACGAGCUGGAGUACGAGGCGCUGCCGGACGGCUCCACCGUCACUACACACAUGCUGGCCGGGGCCGUGGCCGGGAUCAUGGAGCACUGUCUCAUGUACCCUGUGGACUGUGUCAAGACCCGGAUGCAGAGCCUGCAGCCCGACCCGGCAGCCCGCUAUCGCAACGUCAUGGACGCUUUGUUUAAAAUCAUCCGCACAGAAGGAUUCUGGAGGCCGAUGCGAGGACUGAAUGUUACAGCAACAGGCGCCGGACCUGCCCACGCCCUCUAUUUUGCCUGCUACGAAAAAUUAAAAAAGACUUUGAGCGACGUAAUCCGCCCUGGGGGCAAUAGCCAUAUUGCUAAUGGGGCAGCCGGAUGUGUAGCGACGCUGCUACACGAUGCAGCUAUGAAUCCCGCUGAAGUUAUCAAGCAGAGGAUGCAGAUGUACAACUCACCCUACCGGAAAGUAACAGACUGUAUGAGGGCGGUGUGGCGGAAUGAGGGCGCUGGUGCCUUUUACAGAAGCUACACAACCCAACUGACUAUGAACAUCCCCUUCCAGGCCAUACACUUCAUGACCUACGAGUUCCUGCAGGAGCACCUAAAUCCUCACAGACAAUACAACCCCUCCUCCCACAUGGUGUCCGGCGCCUGUGCCGGGGCGGUGGCUGCAGCCGCCACCACACCACUGGACGUUUGUAAAACCUUACUCAAUACGCAGGAAUCCCUGGCCUUGAAUUCCCCUAACAUUGGUGGACAUAUCACAGGCAUGGCUAAUGCCUUCAGGACGGUGUACCAAGUAGGUGGCAUCACUGCCUACUUCCGGGGAGUUCAGGCCAGGAUCAUCUACCAAAUGCCCUCAACAGCCAUCGCAUGGUCUGUGUACGAGUUCUUCAAAUACUUCAUCACCAAGCGCCAGGAGGAACGAAGGGCGGGGCAUUGAAGCGCAAUACCAAAGCACACCUUUUAUUGAUACUCCAGGCAGCCGUUGACCUGUUCUCAGCCUGCAGGGUUUUUUUGCCUUUCUUUUAAUGUUUUAUUGUACCCAUUGUGAGGAGAGGCCGACAACCUCCCAACAGUAAAGGACACAGAACAAAAGAUAUUCCAAGUUAUCUCAUUUGUAACCAGUGUCUGGCUCAUACUGUCCUCACCAUCUGUAAUGUAUGGAUCUCCGCAGCAAACACUACCACACCUCUACGGCUGGAGAUCCCUAGUAUUAUCACUGUGUAUUCCUUAAUUGCCUCUAUAAAGAACCUUCUUAAGUAUGCAUCGUAAUGCAUUCCUCUGUUUACUACUGGUAGUAUGCUUACUUGCAUUAUUUAAUACUGCAGUGUUGUUUAGAAAAUACAGUACAAGCUACGCAUCUCUCACACUGCGGCAUCGGUGCUCUCCAGACGCUUAAAAACCGUUGCGAGGCACGCCUGACCCUAGUGACUCAUUUAGGCUGGAAAGAGAAACUCAACUUUGACUGGAGUUUCAAUACAUCUUUGUGCUGAACUUCACAGUGUAGCUCUGUCUUCAAAUGUAUUUUGUUACAGCAGGUCCCCCAGGGGCCACGUGGAAAGCUGAAGCUUCUCAGAUAUUUUUUUCUUUCCUCUACAUGCACUCAAAAUGUUUACCAUUUGUUUCCGGCUGCAGUGUCCUUACCAACGUCUUGUCCCAAGACGUAUAAUAAUUAGUCCCUAAGGCCGUUGUCAUCACGCACAUGAUAAUAUAGCACUUAGACAACUUUGGGAGCUGGAGAAUUUUUUCGUGGAGAAUUGGCGCGACAGAGGAUAUUUCAUUAUUUUUUGGGCCAAUUCACCUCCUUGACCUAUUUUUGUAAGACUUGUCCUUAUCGAUGUUGCCAAUUUGCAGAACCCCCCUAAAAGCGCGCCAGAGGCCACAUAUGCUGCUAAAUUUACAUAAAAUAAAUUUUAAAAACACUCCCAAGGGCAGAAGUGGUGUCGUCGCUGUCCGUACAUAAGCAGUUACGGGUCUUGUGACAAUGCACGGACCAGGGACUACUUCCAGUAUAGCUAUUAAAGGGCAUGCAGCUUUGAAACGCAGGGAAUAGAGACCUCAAUCACGUCUGUUUGCUGGACGAGUUGCCUUGUUUUCCUUACAGCAAAUGUACUUGUGUGUCUAUCAGUUUGUACACAUUCUCCUACAGUCAUGUGCACAAUUGAUGACACUGAAUGUGUGAUAACAUCUGCUGUAAACACAUACACAUAACUACAGGUACAUUUUAAUCUCCAUUUUUUUUCUUUUUUUUUUUUUCUUAGAAGUCUGGGUUAGCUAGUGGAUGAAAUGUAUUUAAGGCGCCUUCUCCAUAAAUCACAUAACAUCACCUGUUUUCCUUACUAUGUUCCAGCAACGAGUAUGCCCUGUACAGAUGUGUGAUAUGAAUUUUCUGCCUUCUGCUCUUGCUUACUCAACUAAAAUUGUACUUCGAUAUCCUGGUCCAAACGCACAUUAAAAUUGAAACGAAUUAACAGUU